AUGUUGAAUUCUUUUAUAAAGAUGAGAGUUAGUGAUUUAAUAGAAUCAGUUCAAGACUAUUUAAAAGAAGAUGAAGUAACUUUAAUAGAAAAUAAAGUAAAGUUAAAUGAUAAAAAAGCUAAUUUAAAGAGAGUAGAAGAAAUAGUAAAAAUAACUAAGGAAUAUUUGAGUGAAAAAGAAAUUAAAUUUAUAAAAGAAGAAGUUUUAAUGAGAAUAAAAUCUAAUACAUUUUAUAUAAAUAAAUAA